AUGGACUUGAUGCUGAUCCUGAUUACCCUUUCUCUCCUCGAAGGUUUCCUGCUGCAGCGCGCAGACUUCGUGGAUCUCACCUUCCGUACUGCUACGUUGGGCUCAUUGGGGGUCAAUCUUGUGCUCGUAAUCAUCUGGAACACCUUGAUCUAUCCUUAUUUUGUCACUCCAUUGCGCCAUCUCCCAACAAUCUCGGGCAAUCUCAAUAAUGCCCGUAUUGUUUUCGACGAUCCCCGCGGCCGGUUACCACUGGAGUGGAUGAAGACUGUUCCUAACGAUGGCCUGAUCCACUUCCGCGAUAUUCUCAAUCCCUUACUCGACAUCAUGAGCACCAACACGUACGACUUUGAAAAGCCCUGGCGGGCACGCAGCUUCCUCGCCCGUAUUAUAGGUUUUGGACUCAUUUUGUCGGAGGGCAGUGCGCACAAAAAGCAGCGCCGUGCUCUAACCCCAUCUUUCAAUGUUAAGAAUAUUAGAGCGUUAUACUCAUUGAUGUGGGAGAAAACCGGGCUCUUGAUGGACGAGUUGGAGAAAGAGAUCAAACAGAACCCGAUGGAUGGCACUAAUGCGGAGAGUGGAGAAGGAAAGAUUGAGAUGAGUGUCUGGGCAAGCCGGCUCACCCUGGAUAUCAUCGGGCCGGCCGCGAUGGGUCGCGAUUUCCGCUCUCUCCACAACCCCGAGAAUAAAGUGGCUGACAGUUUCUUGGCUAUCCUGGAACCGACUAAGGAGAAGAUGGCCUUCUUGGCCGUCAACUUUGCUCUGCCACAAUGGUUUGCCCGUCGCAUCCCCUGGCGCUUAAACAAAGUAGUCAAUGAUCAGACCGGGUUUCUGCGUGAUCUGUGCAGAGACAUUGUUCAUGAGAAGCGGGCUUCCAUCGCAUCUACGAAGGCGACGGCCAAGGAACUGGAGGCCGAUAUUCUUGGCACCAUGAUGUUGGGCGGCGAUUUCACAGAUGACGAGUUGAUCGACCAAAUGCUGACCUUCUUGGCUGCUGGGCAUGAAACCACUGCGAGUGCCUUCACCUGGGCCUGCUAUCUUCUUACCCUUUAUCCUGAUAUCCAGGAACGCCUUCGUGCCGAAAUUCGUGAGCGUAUCCCAUCCGGCAACGAUCCCAUCACCUGGAGUGACCUCGAGACGCUUCCGCUUCUCAACGGUGUGUGUCAGGAAGUCCUCCGUCUGUAUCCAACGGUCCCCAUGACUAUACGCGAAGCCGUUCGUGACAGCAUGGUAGCUGGCACACACAUCCCAAAAGGGACCCGGAUCCUUCUGUGCCCAUAUGCCAUUAACCGCAGCCCAGAGUUCUGGGGGGAUGACGGGGAAGAGUUCAGGCCGGAGCGCUGGAUCGACACUGACAAGAAUGGUCAGCUUGUCACCAACAACACCGGCGGAGCGUCGACAAACUUUGCACAGAUCACUUUUCUCCACGGACAGCGCUCAUGUAUUGGGAAGGAUUUCGCCCGGGCUGAAUUGCGUUGUGUAGUCGCUGGUGUCGUUGGCCGUUUCCGUUUCGAGAUGCAGGACCCUAAGCAGAAAAUCCAUAUCGCCGGUGCUGUGACGACUAAGCCGGUGGAAGGGAUGCAUUUGAAGAUGAGCAGGGUGGAUGACUGGUGA